UUGUUCCGGCCAAUGGCAAGCGGCGGAGCGUCCCUGGCAGCCGGGUGACAGUGUCACAAUGUAACAAGCUGGCUGGGAAGCGUUCUAGUGUAACCGGCUGCCGCUGGGAGAUGGCCGGACGCCGCUCUCCGGGGACUGCAGGUCUAUGAAGCUGGCCGGCGUCCCUUUGCCUUCCCUCUGUGCUCCGGCUGGGUUGUAGGUGGAUAAGAUGGACGUUCUGUAUCCUGGGAUGUAUUGAACUGGUUGGUCCUCGGUGACUGGGACACAUUUUGCCAAUAUGACCGGGUCCAGUUCCAGCUUCCUUCGUGCUCACAGCAAGCACUGCCACACGCACCACCAGAACGCUGGCACAAAGACUGCAAAGCCCGCUCGGUCUCGGAGCCUCCAUGAUCGGCCUUUGGCUGCCUCCCUUACUCCUGCCCCGGCCAGCGCCUCGGGCAACAGCUCAGGGGGCUACUCUGAGGAAGAGGACAAGGAGCCCGGGAGUUUGUUUUAUGUCAACAAAAGUGGCUUCCCCAUCGACGGUCAAACCUGGGAGCGGAUGUGGACUCAUGUGGCCAAAAUCCAUCCUGAAGGCAAAGACAUGGUUGACAAAAUACGAAACGCAAGCCUGCUUCCCAAGCCUGCUGUACCAUGCGUGCCAAACUACAAGGCGUCGAUGACCAUCCCAGACUGGCUGCAAGCAGUACAGAAAUACAUGAAGACAUUGCAAUAUAACCACACUGGAACUCAGUUCUUUGAAAUUAGGAAGACCAGACCGCUAAGUGGGUUAAUGGAGACGGCCCGUGAAAUGACCAGAGAAUCCUUACCUAUUAAGUGUCUGGAAGCCGUUAUUCUUGGAAUAUAUCUGACGAAUGGACAUGCGAGUGUGGAGCGGUUCCCCAUCAGCUUUAAAACUCAGUUCUCAGGGAACUAUUUUCACCACGUCGUGCUGGGCAUUCACUGCAAUGGGCGCUACGGCACGCUGGGCAUGAGCCGGAGAUCGGACCUCAUGGACAAACCUUUGACCUUUCGGACUCUAAGUGAGCUCAUUUUUGAAUUUGAGGACUCUUACAAAAAGUAUUCCCACACGGUGAAGAAGGUGAAGAUUGGGUUGUAUGUUCCCCAUGACCCCCACACUUUCCAGCCAAUUGAAUGGAAGUAUCUUGUCAUCAACAUGGGCAAGAUGGUAAGAGCGGACGUCAAGAAAGAGCUGGAGAAGCACGCCCGGGACAUGAGAAUGAAGAUUCUGAAGUCCUCCAGUGUUCAGUCUCCUGUGAAGGAGAGAAGAGGAAAGUCGGUGUCCCCUCCCAGAGUUCGCAUCAGUCCCCAGCGGAGAGUCUGCAGGAGAGACAAGUCGCCGGCGAUAACAGACAAGAAACCAGCGGACCUCAGCACUCUGAACGAAGUCGGAUACCAAAUUCGUAUUUAACAAGGAAGUGACACAAGAAUCCCUGGUGCUUCCCUUUGCACUUUACCCCAUUCACCCCUGUUUUUUUUUUUUUUUUUUUUCUAAACAUCUGUGACUAUUUAUUAAGUUUUUAUUUAUGCUUUUAAUUGAAAGAUUUCCAUUUUUACACUUUUUUUGUUUUUUCAUUUUAAAUAUCAAUUUUGCAAGCUUUGGAGAAACCCCACGGCCAUGCUGAACACAGUUCUUGGAUGUACUCAGUACCGUAAUUCAUAUCUCUUCCCCCUUCCUCCAGAAUUGACACUAUUGGGUACUUGCGUCCCUUCUCCAGGGAUACAGCAUUGUGUAUUGAAUACUAUGAAGUAUUGAAGUGAGCUUUGUCUGUAACCAGUGUGAGGAGGAGACCAGAUCCAACAGCGAUACCUUUUCUUCAGCUUAAGCUUUACAGCCUUCUGCCGCGUUCCCGCCCCGUGGAAUACAAGAUGGCUGCCUUUGAACUGUACGUUAUCUGUCGUGUAUGGCAAAACUUUCAUGGCAGUUUCAGCACCACAAUCAUUUUUAGACCAUUUGAAAUCGGACUGUACCGACUUUUACUGUUUUAUCAAUACAAAAGCAUUAUGUAAGUUUUAUACAAAAUGUGUCUGAAAGCAGCAAUUCAUAGAGGAAGUGAGUAUGAUAAUAUAACAAAUGGUGAUAAUUCCAGGUGACAAUAUUGCAACACCAGCACAAACCUCUUUCAGCUUAAAAAUGAUUUUUUUUAAACUUC